AAUCAGGAAGCAGCGAAUUUAUUGUUGAUCAAGCAUACACAACGCCUAUUAUUAUUCAUCCACUAUAAUUAAUUUGUAGGUAUCUACUGAUACUUCUACAAUGGCGCCCACGAAGUUCCCUGCAAAAGGAAAGCCCUCCUCCAAAGGCAAAGUGCUCUCCUCCGGCUCGAAAAUCAGCAAAUCCACAGCAAAGAAGAACGCGAAACGUCCGCCUCCCAAGGAAGUCAAAUCGAAGUCCCGCAGUGCGCCGGACCAACAGAAGAAGACUAAGAAGAGGGAAUAUACUGAAAAGGAACUGGGGCUGCCGACUCUGAAUAUGAUUACGCCGGUUGGGGUGCAGACGCCGAGGGGGAAAAAGAAGGGGAAGAUUUUUGUGGAUGAUCAGGAGAGUAUGAUGACGCUGGUCGCUAUUGUCAAUGCAGAGCGGGAAGGUAAAAUAGAGUCGAAACUGAUCAAGGCUCGACAAAUGGAAGAAAUCCGAGAAGCAAAGAAGAAAGAAGCAGAGGCUAGAGCUGAAAAGAAGAAAUCGAAGCUGGAUAUCAAAGACGAGUUGCGCAAUAAGAAAAAGAAGAAUGCAUUUGCUGAGCCGAAAAAACCAGAGUCUGCUUCAAAGUCGUCUAAAGGGAAGUGGUCAUCUCAAGGGAAACGGAAGAGCGUUUCUUUUGCAUGAGGCGUUCUAUGUAUUUGUAUGGGUUUUGCUGAUGAGCGGAUUUGAACGGGCUUAUCUUAAAAAGAACUCUAGUUCUUGUCGGAAUAGGAGUUCGGGUGACAUUGCAUGGCUGGAUAGGGUGCACAGCUGGAUGGUCAUUGUUGAUGGGUAUCCCAGAAUAAUUUACGACGCAUGGGAUGGAAGUUGGGUUGAUCGACUUCUUUAUGGCCAUUACCGUUGGCAACGGGUUUCUCGGGUUGCUUGCUUUGAACUGGAGCAACU